CCAUCGUGUACAGCAACAGCUAGCUUAGCCAUGUUCAUUGGAGAUCACACACCGACGACGACGCUGCUGGUAGAAAAUGGCGAACCAGCUCUUGCUUUAGUCUGCUCGUGCCGGUCAGCCCGAGCAUCCAUAUAAAGCGAGCUAGCCGCUGCACAUUGUGUGGCCGCGCGCGCGCCCUUGUCCAAGCUCUCGGAGGAGAGCGCCGGCGGCCGGCCAUGUCGUCGUCGAAGCCGGAGGAGGAGGAGAAGGAGGCGCCGUGCAUGAAUGGCGAAGUGGCGACGGAGGACGACAGCAGCAGCGGCGAGGUGGGAGUAGAUGAAGCAGAAGGCGAGCGGGAGUUCGCGGCGGCGAUGGCGCAGCUGGCGCCGGAGGGCGUGCGGGCGCUGCACGCGCGGGUGGAGGCGGAGUGGGGCCCCGUGCUGCAGAGCGCGUGCCAGACGGCGGCGGUGCGGGCGCUGUGGGCCCGCACGGUGCGCGACCCGGCCGCCGCGGUGCUUGCCGGGGAGCGAUACCUCAGGGGCCUGCACGAGAAGAUGCGCCGCGACGUGCGCGCCGGGGCGCGGGAGGUGCACGGCGUCAUGAUCGCCGUGCGGACGCUCUGGUUCGACGCACGCAUCGAGGCCGCCGUCGACGCGCUCGGCGGCGAACCACAGGUCGUGAUCCUCGGUGCAGGGAUGGAUGCGAGAGCCUAUCGACUCAACUGCCUAAAAGAAUGCACGGUAUUUGAACUCGACUUCCCGGAGCUCCUAGAAAUGAAAUCUGAUCUUCUGCACGAAGCAAUGAGUUCCGCAAAUCACCAGAAACUCACCUUGAUGGCAAAAUCAUUGAUUGGGGUUCCUUCCAACAUACAAGAUGGAGACUGGGUAACAAAGCUGCAGAGCUGUGGGUAUGUCCCUGAAAGGAACACCAUAUGGGUGCUCGAAGGCAUCAUCUAUUACCUUCACCAUGCAGAUGCAAUGCAAGUCCUCGAAACCAUUGCAGCCAGCCGGUCCUCAGCCUGCACAGUGCUCCUGGCCGACUUCAUGAAGAAUGCGACAUCACUCUCUCCAGCCAUGUACCAUUUCUACCAUGACACCCCUGAGCUCCUGCUGCCUUCUAUUGGGUUCUCUAAGGUAACACUGUCACAAUUGGAGACCCCCAAGGCACAUUUGGGCUCUAAAUCA